AUGACCAUUGUGAGAAAAUUGAAUUUAAUGAUACCUUUGAGUGUUUUCUUGCUUCACACAUUGCUGCUUUCUUUACAAGGUGAUAUUGGUGCAUCAUCCAUCCAGACGGGAAAAUGGAAAAAUGAGUUUAAUGAAAAUCGACAGAAAAGAGCUCUUUUAGCAGCACAGUUUGAAGCCAGUUCUCCAAGGUAUUUUUUCCAUGAAGCUAUUAAUUGGGGUGAGAGUAAAAUAAAAGGUUCUUGUCCUCAUGAAUGCCUUAAUGGAGCUUUCUGUUCUAAGACUGGUACAUGUGACUGUCAAAUAUUUCAGGCUCUUGGGACCAGGUGCCAGAUUGUCCCAAACAUGGGCAGUGGAAGAGAUGGAAUUUGCAAAACCUGGGGACAGUAUCAUUUUGAAACAUUUGAUGGCAUCUACUAUUACUUCCCAGGAAACUGUUCUUACAUUUUUGCAAAGGACUGUGGUAACUUGGAACCUCGAUACACAGUAUGGGUUCAUAAUAGUCCUCGGUGCCUGGGGUCAGUGUACUCUUGCUAUCGGUCAAUCAGCUUAUUUUUCUCAAACCAAGAGGAAAUUCAAAUUUAUGGUCAUGAAAUAAAAAGGGAUGGAAUCAGUUUAACGUUGCCUCAGACAAUUGGACAGGUUUUCAUUGAGAAAUUAGCUGACUACAUUCUGGUAAAAACAACCUUUGGCUUUACUUUGGCUUGGGAUGGAAUAUCUGGAGUUUAUCUCAAACUGCCUGAAGAACAUAAAGGGAAAUCAUGUGGCCUGUGUGGAAACUACAAUGACAUUCAGUCUGAUGAUUUCAUCAUCGAGCAAGAGGACUACACAGAAGACAUCGCAAUGUUUGCAAACAGUUGGUUGGUGCAAACUCCAGAUGACACCAAAUGUGUACCCACACCCUCAGAUUUUCCAAACCCAUGUUCCAGUGGAAUGCCAGCAUUUGAGGCAAUCUUCUUCAAGUGCCAGAUACUGUUGCAAUUCCCUUUCCUAAGCUGUCAUGAAUAUAUUGACCCAUACUUAUAUAUUGCCAGUUGUGUUAAUGACCUUUGCAAAACUGAUGAUGAUGAAACAUACUGCCGAGCAGCCACUGAGUAUGCCAGAGCCUGUUCUCAUGCUGGCUUCCCUAUUCAAGAUUGGAGAGAUGACUUUUCAGCUUGCAUUGAUAAAUGUGAUGACAGCUUUGUCCAUCGGGACUGUAUCAGUUGUUGCCCACCUACCUGUACAUUUGAAAAGCAAUGUCUUGGGAGCAAUCUGCAUUGUCUUGAUGGAUGUUACUGCCCAGAUGGGCUCAUAAUGGAAAAUGGAACUUGCAUCUCCUUGGAAAACUGCCCUUGUAGUUUUCAUGGAUUAGCUUAUUCAGUUGGCUCCAAAAUUGAACAAGAGUGCACUGAAUGUGUGUGUGUUGGCGGAGUUUGGAACUGCACUGAGCAUGACUGUCCAGUUCAAUGCUCUGUUGUGGGUGAUUCUCAUUUUACAACUUUUGAUGGCCGACAUUAUUCUUUUAUUGGCAUGUGUCAGUACAUCCUUGUGAAAGGAACUGGAAAAGAUAGAUUCACAAUUACUUUACAGAAAGCUCACUGUGAGCAGAACCUUGGCUUGGUCUGCCUUCAGUCUAUAACUCUAAUCCUAGAAGAUGAUAUUAACAAACAAGUGACCCUCAGUAGGGGUGGACAAAUCAUCACCAGUCCUAACCAAGGCUUCAGUCUGAAUGGUAUUGUUGAUAUUCAAACUCUGUCAUCCUUAUUUAUUCUUCUAAAAACUACAUUUGGUUUAAAGAUCCUAUUUGCUAUUGAUGGGGAAAGAAUUUACAUUCAGCUCACUAGUACAUGGAAAAGAAGAACAUUAGGUCUGUGUGGCACGUUUAAUGGGAACAUAAGAGAUGAUUUUCUUUCUCCAUCAGGCAUGAUAGAAGGCACUCCGCAACUGCACGCCAAUGCGUGGAGAGUUUCCUCCACAUGUUUUGCACCCGUACAUGUUCCAGUGGUGGACCCCUGUAAUAUUAACCAACAAAACAUUGGGUAUGCGGCACACUGUGAUGUUAUCCAUCAGGAGCUCUUUGCUCCUUGCCACAUCUACGUCAGCCCGGGGCUGUACUAUCAGCUAUGUCGCCAUGAUGCAUGCAAGUGUGGAAGCUCCUGUCUCUGCAAUGCUCUUGCUCACUAUGCCUACCUCUGUGGGCAGCGUGGUGUUCCCAUUGAUUUUCGAAGUGAGAUUUCAUUCUGUGCUGUGGUGUGCCAGCAGGGCAUGCUGUACCACCAAUGUUCCUCAUUUUGCCACCGGUCCUGCACCUCUCUCUCCUCCCUGGAGCAGUGCAAUGAUGACUGUGCUGAAGGCUGCAACUGUCCUGAAGGAAAAUUCUAUGAAGACACUCUGAACUUCUGUGUGCCAAUAUAUCACUGCCGGUGUCACUACAGGGGCAGCAUCUACCAACCUGGGGAGCUCAUCCCAACACCUUCAGGCUUAUGCCAGUGUUCAAAUGGAACUGUGAAAUGUGAUGAGCCAGCCACGCCCUCUGCUGUUCAUGCCUGUCCAGAAGGAAAGGAAUACUUUGACUGCAGGUUUCCUGACCCUGCGUUGCCAGCUGGUGGCAUAAAUUGUGAGACUACAUGUGCAAACCUGGCCAUGAACUUCACUUGUGCCCCAUCCUCACCUUGUAUAAGUGGCUGUGUUUGUGCAGCAGGAAUGGCAGAGCACAAAGGGAAGUGCUAUGUUCCUGAAAGCUGUCCAUGCAUCUGGAAAGACUGGGAAUACCUCUCCGGAGAAGUCAUUGCUACACCAUGUUACACUUGUGUUUGUCGACGAGGAAUGUUCAACUGCACAUAUUACCCGUGUCCAGCAGUGUGCACAAUAUAUGGAGAUAGGCAUUAUCAUUCUUUCGAUGGACUGGAAUAUGACUACGUCAGUGACUGUCAGGUGUUUUUGCUUAAGACUACAGAUGAUUCAGAUAUAUCUGUGAUUUCCCAGAAUAAGAAGUGCUUCGACAAUGAUAUUGUUUGUUCUAAAAGUGUCUUGAUUUCAGUUGGGGACACUGAAAUUUAUCUGAAUGAUACUCCUUACAAACAGAAACGAUCAGGUUUCUUUCUAGAAAAUAAACCUACCUACCAGCUUUGGAAGGCUGGAUACUACACGGUGGUGUACUUCCCAGAGGAAGAUGUUACUGUUCUUUGGGAUCAGAAGACAACUAUUCAUAUCAAAGUUGGACCACAGUGGAAAAAUAAACUGUCAGGAUUGUGUGGAAACUUUGACAAAUGUACUUCAAAUGAUAUGACCACAUCUAAUAAUUUGGAAAUACGAAAUGCUCAGGUAUUUGGAGAUAGUUGGGCAUUAGGACAGUGUGAAGAUCCAGUUGAAGCAAUGAAACCCUGUGAAGCUCAUCAAAACAAAUUUCCUUAUGCCAAGAAAGAAUGCUCCAUUUUGUACAGUGAUGUCUUUGCUCCUUGUCGCAAUGUGAUUGAUGUUACUUCUUUUGCCAAAAACUGCCAUGAAGAUACCUGCAAUUGUAAUCUUGGUGGGGACUGUGAAUGUUUGUGUACUAGUGUAGCAGCAUAUGCUUAUAAGUGUUGUCAGGAAGGGGUAUCAAUUCACUGGAGAUCACCCACUGUAUGUGCACUUGAUUGUGAAUAUUACAAUGAAGGACUUGGAGAUGGGCCAUAUAUGCUGGCAAAUUAUGGACAGAGUGGCCUUAUUCUGGGUGUCAACAUGACCAGUAGAAGUGUUUUCUCUUUGCCCAAAAGUAACAUUCAUGGCAAGAUAUUUUUUAAUUUUAUGAUCACUCCAGGCCUAUUCAAAGAGAAGACAUCAUCUUUGGCACUUGUGUCCUUGGAAUCUGCUGAAAGGCCAAACUACUUUCUCUAUGUCCGCGACAACGACGCACUCAGCUUGGAACUGUGGAAGGCAAAUGCCGCCUUUCAACAGAAAGCCACAUUUUUCCACCAUCAGAGUCUCUGGAUUCCAGGCUACAGUGCGUUUGAACUAUACAGCCGGAAAGGCUUUUUCAUCGUAGUUACAGACUCUGCCGUCAAAGCAUCAAAAUAUGAUGACUCUGAAGAAUUCAAACAGUCAAGUAGCUUCAGCAUAGAAGAGAUCCAGGCUGCUGUGCCCUACAGGAGAGCAUGUGAAUGGCGAUAUGAACCUUGUGCUACUCCCUGCUUUAAAACUUGCAGUGACCCUGAAGCACUAGCGUGUAAAUUUCUUCCACCGGUUGAAGGAUGCUUGCCCUACUGCCCUAAAAAUAUGAUCCUUGAUGAGGUCACCCUCAAAUGUGUUUAUCCAGAAGACUGUGUACCCAUAAUUCCUACAGAACCAGCAUUAAUAUCACCAGGUAAGCUGUUACCUAUGGUUUCAGUAAUGGAGGUUGCGUGUUCAUUUCUUAUAGGUCCAGAGAUAGUCACUACCUCUGACAUCAUCCCUACCACAGGUUUGGAAUGUGAGCCUCAGCAGUUUGAUCCUGUUUAUAACUGUAGCCAAUACAUAUGCCUUAACAUGGAAUGGACAUUUUACAACUGGUCUCUGAACUGCCCCAUGGACUUGCAAAUGCCUGACUGUGGUUUUCGGGGGAGACCUGUUCAAGUCAACACUGAUCUCUGCUGCCCUGAGUGGGAAUGUCCUUGUCGCUGUUCCAUGCUGUCAGAGCUGAGCAUUAUCACCUUUGAUGGGAACAAUGCUGCCUUGUACAGCAUGGCUUCUUAUAUUUUAGUGAGAAUCCCUGGGGAAAGUAUAGUUGUUCACAUUGAAAAGUGUUCCAUGAACCAGAAUGGGAACUCAUUUAAAAAACUAGUUUCUUCUGGGAGAAUUUCUGGACUUUGUUUUAAGAAGUUAAAUGUGACAACAUCCGUACAUAAAAUUCUUGUCAACAGAGUGGCAAGGAAGGUAGAAGUGGAUUCUAUUGCUGUGCCCUUGCCCUUUGCAAGUCGAGAACUGUUCAUAGAGGAUUCUGGUACAAUGUACGUGAUCAAUACACCAGCUGGGUUGGUUGUAAAGUGGGCUCACCUUACAGGGAUUAUAGACAUUCACUUUGGCGUCCAGUUUAACUUCUCGUCUUAUACCGAAGGACUUUGUGGAAUUUGCAAUGAUAAUCCAGAUGAUGAUCUCAAGAUGCAAAAUGGCACAAUUAUCACAAAUAUGGAAGAUAUAGAAUUGUUUAUCCAGAGCUGGGAAAUUGAGAAGUCAUUUGAAGUAACAAUGAGAAGACCUGUUAGGAACUGUACUGAGCAUGACUGUAGUCAUUGCAUUGCAUUGUUAAAUAGAGACAUUUUCUUUUCAUGUCAUGAUAAAGUUUCACCAAAGGACUUUUGUGAAAAAAUGUGGAUCAAUUACACCUACUUCUGGAACUACGAAUGUGAUGCGAUUUCUGCCUAUGUAGCUCUGUGCAACAAGUUCGACAUCUGUAUUGAAUGGAGAACCCCUGAUUAUUGCCCUUUGAAUUGCCCAGAGGGGAAGGAAUAUCAACCUUGUGUGAGGCCUUGUGAAGCCAGAACGUGUCUCAAUAAAUGGUUCUAUGGAUAUUCUUCAUGUUUGGAUUUAAGAGAAGACUGUGUGUGCAAAAAUGGGACUGUUCUUCACCGCCCAGAUAAAACUCAGUGCAUUCCAGAGAGAGAGUGUGUGUGCACAGAUAGGGAAGAUCAACCCCGAACUGCUGGGGAGAUUUGGAAUGGGGGCAUUGAUGAAUGCGCUCUCUACAAGUGUUUGGAGAAUGGAAGCAUUGUUCCUGUGGAGCCUGACUGUGAGGAGGAUCCCUCUCCCACUUGUGAACGAGAAGCUGAGGUUCUCAUGGGCAUCGUUGAUAAGCUGACCUGUUGUUCUAAAGAGGUUUGCGGAUGUGACAUGACUUUAUGUGAAACCGCCAUUCCAGCAUGUACGGACAGUCAGAAAUUGAUUGUUGGUUUUAGCCAUCUUUCCUGCUGCCCGCAGUACAAAUGUGAAUGUGACCCAGUCAAAUGUCCCAUGAUUCCAACACCAGAGUGCCAUGUAGACCAGUUUAUGAUUCAAGUUCGACAAGGAGAGCCUUGCUGUUUUUACCCUUUCUGUGUGUGUGAGUCAUGCAUGGAACCUAUUCCACUGUGUACUGAUGGGGAAUUUCUCACAGUGGAUCUUAAUACCACUCAUUCCUGUUGUCCUCAGUACUACUGCGUUUGUGAGCCAGACCUUUGUCCUACACCAUUACUUCACUGUGCAGAAGAUAUGAAUCUAGUGAAGGAAAAUGUAUCUGGUCAGUGUUGUCCAAUAUGGCAUUGUGAAUGUAACUGUGAAAACCUCAUUAUGCCAACCUGUGAAGUGGGAGAAUUUGCCACAAUAGACCAUACCUUUCAGAGUGACUGUGGAUGUGUACAGUAUCUCUGUGAAAAAGAUGAUGUGUGUGUAUUUCAACAAGUAGCAGUACUGAACCCUGGGCAAUCUAUGAUAAAGUAUUUGGAAGGGGACUUUUGCUAUACAAUAGAGUGUCAGGAAGAAAAAGACAACCUGACAGGCUUUCUCACAUUGAACAUCACAAUGGUGAACUGUUCAAAAGAAUGUGAUGUUAACCAGAUAUACAUUCCCUCCCCAAGUGAUUAUGAUUGCUGUGGAGCCUGCAGAAAUGUUUCUUGCAAAUUUUACAUGGAAAAUGGGACAUCAGUUAUAUAUGAGGUGGGGAGCAGGUGGAACUACAAUUGCACCACGUAUGAGUGUGUGAAAACAAAUGAAGGAGCAAUGAUUCUGAACUACAGUAUGGUCUGUCCCCCUUUCAAUGAGACUGAAUGCAAAAUGAAUGAAGGGGUUGUAAAGCUUUAUAAUGAAGGCUGUUGCAAGAUCUGCAAGAGAGAAGAAAGAAUAUGCCAGAAAGUGAUUAUUAAGUCAAUCAUAAGGAGACAAGACUGUGUGAGCCAAAGCUCUAUUAAUGUUGCCUCUUGUGAUGGGAAAUGCCCAUCAGCUACUAUAUAUAAUGUCAAUGUUGAAAGCCACUUACGAUUCUGCAAGUGUUGUCGUGAAAAUGGAAUACGAAACUUGACUGUGCCUUUGCAUUGCUCAGGAAAUGGCACUGAAAUUAUGUAUACACUCCAAGAGCCUAUUGACUGCACAUGCCAGUGGAACUAAACUCUUGGAUUCCAAGAACACCAAGAGAAACCUUCUCCUCAACAAAUUACAACACUAUAAUAUCAAGUUGAGUCAAUUUUUAUCAUUAUUCUUUAGGCAUUUGGAAGACUUCAACUGCUUAAUAAGUGCAUUUUUAAGACUAUUGGGAUAUGAAAAAUUAGUACACAACUUCAAUGGAAUCAAAUAAUUUUGAGUUUGUUUGGUUGAAAAGCUGUUAUGUCUAUAAUUGCAACAUGGCACAAACCUGGAAUAUCCCUAGCAGGUAGAAGGCUUUGGUGUAGACAUCCUUCUCAAUUUCACUCACCAGUAUUUUUAGUUUUAGUUUGCAAAGUCUUCCCUAGCUGUACUUUUAAUCUUUUACUGCUUAAUCUGAUUAAUGUCAUCAGUUAAAAUGAUAGCCACAAAGAGUUUUAUGUUGAGAGUCAGAAAUUACAACUCUAGGAUUUUAGAUUAUUUAAAAAUCAAAUGAAUAUUAGAGAUGUUAUUACAAAUUGUUCUUAUUUUGCGGGUGUAAUGCAACUUAUAAAAAUUAAUUCUGUGUGACAAUAUGAUGAAUUUAUGUUGACAGCCUGAUUAAACUCUAGGUUUUUC